AUGGAAAGGAUCGCACGUCUGGAGUCGGAGCUGGUGAAGGCAAGAGCAAGUGGAGGACAAGCAGAGGCCGCCGUUGGAAUCGGGGCACGCGGCGUUGGAGUGAGCGGUGCAGCGAAUACACCGCCAUGUUCGAGUGGAACGCUGCCACAUCAUGGAGCAGCGCCACGGCAGAGUUUGAGCGAAAACCUGCCCAGGCAGAUGAGGGACAAUCUGCAAACGGAUCUCGGAGUGACGCCAUCGCUGCAGUUUCCGGCACAAGUGAGUACAAAUUUGCCGCCACAAUGGAGUGCGAAUUUGGCGCCGACGCUUGGCGGCCAUUGGGCAAACGGACAUCCUGUGUCAACAACAACAAUACUGCGCUAUUCUCCGCCAUCUUGUGUGACCGCCGCAGCACAGCCGGUGCUAGGUUAUGUUGACCCAGAGGUACCUGCGCCAUCGCCCAUAUCAUAUGGAGCGCCGACGACAAACAUACAAGGAUGGACGCCACGCAUACUACCUGAUCUUCCCGAUUUCGAGGGUCAGCCAGAGGAAUGGCCAAUAUUCCUGUGUGCGUUCACGGAGACAACUGCAGCCUACCAGUGCACCGAGUUGGAGAACAACCAGAGGCUAGUGAAAGCCCUGAAGGGAGAGGCUCGCGAAACAGUAAAGUCGUUGCUCAUCCAUCCCAGCAACGUACAAGCUGUUAUGGAGCAGCUACGAUUCCGGUAUGGACGCCCGGAGCAACUGAUCCGCAGCCAAUUGGAGAGCGUGUGCGAAGUGCAGCCGAUUCAGGAGGCCAACAUCGCGAGGAUCGUGCCGUUCGCGACGAAGGUUAGCAACUUGUCAGCGUUCCUGCAGUCGACCGCGACCGGCAGCCAGCACCUAGCCAACCCAACCCUAAUGGAGGAGCUGAUAGCCAAGUUGCCGCUAAGCAAGAGGUUGGACUGGGCAAGGCACGCGGCCACGAUACAGCCGUAUCCGACGGUGGCGCACCUGAGCGAGUGGCUCCAUGAAUUCGCCAAACUGGUGUGCACUGUCACGGACGCCGGAGCCAGGGAACAACCGAAGCGAAGGAUUCUGCACGCGAAUAGUGUCAGGGACUGCAAGGACUUCAUCAGCGCCUCUACAACGACACGGAUCGAGUCCGCGAGGAAGCGACGACUGUGCUUCUCGUGCCUGGAGCCCGGACACAUGUCCCGGUUCUGCAGGAAAAGCCGCGGAUGCAACGUCCUCGGAUGCCAGAUGAGGCAUCACCACCUGCUCCACGAAGUACCUGAACGAUCCAAACGGCCGCCAGUCGCAGAUGGGGGCCACAGGAGGGAUCAGGACCGACAGCCGUACAGACACGGCAACAAUCGGAGGGGAGGUCCACAGUCAGUGGAUUCCAGCGAAAGGAACCAUCCUACGUCGGCCGCAGUUGUAGACGCGCGACGUGAGCGGGACGAAGGGCGAUCGGCGUACGAUCGCCAGGAGUUGCCGCACCGAAACCUCAACAUCGACUCAAUUGGAUGCACCCUGCUGUUCAGGAUUCUACCCGUGACGCUGUACGGCGAGAAUACGAAGGUCGACACGUACGCACUGCUGGACGAAGGAUCGUCUGUCACACUCAUCGACGACAGCCUGAACCUGAAAGGCGAGAGUCGACAGCUAAAUGUGCAAUGGUUUGGUGGAAAAUCCGCCAAAGAGCACACGAAGGUGGUCAGCCUGCAGAUCAACGCAGCGGGCAAACCAAAGCGCCAUGGGCUGAAAAAUGUGUACGGAGUGGCCAAUCUGAACCUUCCGAUGCAGAGCCUGCGUCAGGAGGAUGUACAAGCAGUGAAGGCGAACACGCGUCUGCCGGUGAUGCCGUACAACAACGCGACGCCAAGGAUCCUAAUUGGACUGGAUCAUGCGCAUUUAGGAGUACCCUUCAGAACCAAAAGUUAUGGAUCUGGAGGGCCGUUUGCAGCAGACACCGCACUUGGAUGGGUGGUAUAUGGACCGGUGAACGGAAAGCCGAGCUCGCCGCUUCUGAGUUCGUGCCUCCUAGCCGUGCCCCAGGAUGAUCUUCUGGAGAAGAUGGUCAGCGACGACUUCGAGACUGAGAAUUUCGGAGCGAAGCCGGUGCAGCCAGUCGCAGCUGGCAGAGUGGACCUGGAGCCGUCAGUCGGAGAUAGCGGCGACGCACGGGCCCUGAGCACCCUGGAGAAGACGACCAAACGUGUAGGCCAGAGAUACGAGACCGGGCUGCUAUGGAAGGACGACGAAGUGAGAUUGCCGGAGAGCUACAGCAUGGCCCUCAGGAGGCUCGUCAACAUAGAGCGUAAAAUGAAGCGCGAUGUGGACUUCGCGUCGGCUUACAUCCAGAUAAUGGACGAUUAUGUCAUGAAGGGAUACGCACGACGACUGAAGGCCCAGGAAGUCCAGAGGUUUCAGGAGGGCAAAGUGUGGUACCUGCCGCACUUCGGAGUGGAAAACCCGAACAAGCCUGGGAAAAUCCGGCUGGUUUUCGAUGCGGCUGCCAAGGUGGACGGUGUGUCCUUGAAUUCAGCGCUACUGAAAGGCCCACAGCGCUACAAGCCCCUGCCAGCAGUGCUCUUCCAUUUUCGGGAAGGAGCGGUUGGAGUUUGUGCAGACAUCAAGGAGAUGUUUCAUCAGGUACUGAUGCAGCCGAAGGACAGAUGCGCCCAGAGGUUUCUGUGGAGAGACGGAGACGACCAGCGAGAGCCGGACGUAUACGAGAUGGCAGUGAUGACGUUCGGAGCGGCCUGCUCACCAUGUUCGGAGGACUACGUGAAGACCGUGAAUGCUUUGCGGUAUAGCAGCACGGACCCGCGAGCAGCCCUGGCCAUCAACGAAUACCACUACGUGGAUAACUACGUCGACAGUUUCGCCAGCGAGGACGAAGCUAUCGCCAUCUCGACCCGGGUGAGAGAAAUUCACGCUGAAGCAGGUUUUGAUUUGUGCCGAUUCACCUCCAGUUCGGCAAGUGUGGUCAAAGCGCUGAACCCACUUGAGCCCAUCGCCAGCGUCGGAUGGACCGAAGCUGAGGAGAAGGUGCUUGGGAUGUAA